UAAUAGACAUGCUCGAGAAGUGUUUGACAGAUAUCAAUUUCCAUAUCACUGCUUCUAGUCUUGUUCUUGUGCAUUGAAUAGGAUCAAUUUUACAAUCGACCCGUACGAACCACUUUCAAAGAGAUACAUUCUUAGCCAUAAGAUCUGGCUUGGAAUACAAGUCGAAUAGUCUGUUCUGUGUCAAGAUACUAUCAUUUGGUCCAAAAGGUCUUCCAUUAUGGAGAAGUGUUGCACGAUGUCAUCUACCACUAAUCCUUCCAUCACGGUGGUAUGCAACGAAAUUCUGGAUAUUAUCUUUGAUUACGCCCUCAAUAAAUUCGAUGACACCAAGGAUCGACAUAGCGCGGGUAGGCCCAAGUUUUUGUCAGUCAUCGAGAAGUUCGUCAGCAGUGGAACACCGGUGGAAAUGUGCCUUCCGGCAUUUCCCUUCAAGUCAUCAAACAAGGUGCAUAAGGUCUUCGGUAUUCUACCUGACAAAGCCGAAGAGAUUGCUCUUGAUCGACUGAAUACAAUGUGUUUGCGCAUUGGAGAAGUGUACCAGCCUGGAGCCAAGUGUACAAUAAUUUCAGAUGGACUCGUUUAUAAUGAUCUAGUAUGUAUAUCAGAUCGCGAUACAUGGGCAUACGGAGAGGCCUUGCGCGCAAUGUCUGUCAAUAAAGGUUUCGACCAUAUCGGCUUCUCUAGAAUCCAAGAUCUUGUCAAUUUUCCAUUGCCCGAAAAGUUAGACGAGAUUACUUACGUUGCUAAUGCCACCAAUUUUCGUCUAUCUAUGAUUAAUAGAUGGGGUAAAGAGGACAUCAAUAUUGAAGAUGAGAUCGCCAACAACCCGGAUACAAAAAUGACUUAUCUCGGAUAUCGAAGAUUCCUCGAGUCAGAUUUGCGAUAUAUUUUCCCCCUUGGCAACGGUCGAAGUAAAACCAAUUACAGGAAAGACGUGAAAUAUCUCGCUAAACAGGCGUUAAUUCGAGGAUAUGCUUUUGCAGGAGCGGUCAAAUAUGCUUUCCCAAACCAUUUACGUCUUUCUAUCCAUCAGUCAACAGGCGAUCACAAGAUAUCCAUGAGUCUACUUAAUACAAAAACUGGAUUUACAACCCCUUGGCAUUGUAGUGUUGCUUUGAUGGCGGACGGGGAGUGGAUAAGCGCUCCAAUGGGGGAUUUCAAGGAAAAUGAUAACUUGGAAGUUGUCUACGAGGAUGGUCGCCCUAGCUAUUUUAAGGAGAGAAUGCACAUUCUCGAGAAGCAAAUGGAUGACAAGAAACCAGCAGCUAACUUACAAACAUCGAAAGCUUUCGAGGGGCACUCUUCCAGGCUCAUGGACGACAAAAAUGCCGCUUCGGAGAAAUUUCAGCAACAGUCCUCUGUACAGAGGUUGACGGUGUAAGUAUUAUAAAACACACCAAAAAGCGACCGAGCUUUUCCCUAUUUUUAUUAUUUAAACCAAUUAUAUCAUUAUACCGAUUGAAAAUUUAUAUAGCAGAUUCUAGAUAAUAAAAGUAUUAUAGAUUUAUUCUAUCCCUAGCAAAAUUACUUAAAUUUAUCGAAAUUCAUAUUUUUCAUUU